AUGAGUGAUAUUAGCAGUACCUUUCCUGGAGGUUUAUUUAAAAAUGUUCGUGUAAUAUCGUUAUCGGAUAAUUUUUGUCUAUUUGAACAUAAAAUCUAUGAUCGAAUCACUCGUUCUUUUCCAUUUCUAACUGAUCUAACUGUUUCUAAUUAUAAAACACGAAAUUCUAGAUCAUCACAUGAAACAAGCAAGAAUAAUCAAAUGUCGUCGGUUACUAUAUUUUCUUAUCUCACGCAUCUCGUAAUAAUUUUCGGAAAUAUUGAUAAUGCAGAACAACUUUUAGUUGAUACCAACACGCUUUUACCACGUCGUAUUGAUCUUAAAAUUUCCUAUUCAAAUUUACAACAAGUCAUAGAAAACUUUACACGCGAAGCAACUCGUCACAAUUGUGCUAAAAUAAAACAUUUACACUUUAAUUCCACACCAUUGGUGCAUUGCAAAGAUUUUUAUCUAUAUUUUCAUUGUUAUAAAGAGAGUUGA